AUGAAUGGAGAGGGAAGCAUUCAUGUACAAGUUGAUGAACUCCAACGGGUGAGGCUCAACGAAAGCAUCAGCAUAGGCACCACCAUGUUUGAGCCUCGUGGCCUCGGCAGCAUAGAUAAGUUGGACAGUAACAGCACCGCCAAUUCUGUCUCUCCAACAACCUCCGCACCGGAAAAGAAGCUCACCCUUUUUGCCCUCCAGCUUGCAGUGCUUGAAAAAGCCGCAACCGGGUUGGGAACACUCGGUUUCAUCUGGGCCACCGUUGUCCUUCUCGGUGGUUUCGCCAUCACCUUAGAGAAAACCGACUUCUGGUUCAUCACCAUCAUACUUGUGGUUGAAGGGACCAGGAUUUUCAGCAGGAGCCAUGAACUUGAAUGGCAGCACCAAGCCACAUGGUCUAUCACUGAGGACCAUCACCACCAAUAUGUUAUUGCAACUGAUUCCACGCCAACAAGGACACCAACUAGGAUGUGGGUUAGCUCAGAUGUUCCACUCCUACCAUAUGCUAAAUGGUUUUUCCUUUCAAGGCAUGUUAGUAGGCUUCUCUAUUGGCUUCAGCUUCUUUCUGCAACAGCUUGUGUGGUUCUUUCGUUAAUCAAGCUCGUCAUGCAUAACUAUGGAGAGGUGGCAAAGGGAGACACUGACAAGAGGAACCGCAAAUCGUCACUUUCCAUCUUCUAUGCGUUGGCUCUUGCAGAAGCUUUGUUGUUCCUGAUGGAAAAGGCCUAUUGGGAGUGGCAAGUUCGCUAUUGCAAACUGUUGGAAGCGGUUAACACGGAAUGUGAGUUGGGGCCAUCGGGAAUGGUGUCAACUAGAAGGUUCUUCUAUGAUGCCUAUUCAAGAUGUGUCAAUGGAAGCAUAUUUGAUGGCUUGAAAAUGGAUAUGGUAAGUUUUUCAAUGGACUUGUUGGUUUCUAACUCCCCUGAUGAGCAGCUCAUUGGAGCGAGAAUUCUUAGGCAGUUUUCAAUCAGUGAAAGAUUUUCUGAUGAUACCCUUCAAAAGAUUGGAAUUGACAUAUCAGUGGCGGAGAGACUAGUUGAGAUGUUGAAUUGGACUGACCCCAAGGAGGAAGAGAUUAGGUUCUCAGCUGCUGAGAUUUUGUCAAAACUAGCUGGCAAGAAGCAGAAUUCUCUCCGAAUAGCUGGAAUACCAGGAGCUAUGGAAUCAAUAUCAUCUCUUCUAAAAACUAAUAGGAGUGUGAUUCCUGCAGCUGAUGAGAUAGGGGAAAAGAAACUUAUAUUUGAUCACCAAAAUUAUGGGUUCUAUACGUUUAACCAAUUGGGACUUCUGAUACUGAAAAAACUUGCACGUGACCUUGACAACUGUGGAAAGAUUGGGAACACAAGGGGCCUUCUUCCGAAGAUAAUAGACUUCACACAUGCUGAAGAGUGGUUGCUGAAGAGUGAAAAUGUUAUUUCAUCCCAAGUUCUAACCGUGAAGAGGUCUUUGCAACUGGUAAAGAUGCUGGCUAGCACAGUUGGCACUACUGGGAAACAUCUUCGAAGAGAAAUUUCGGAGCUUGUUUUCACCAUCAGCUAUAUUAGAGACAUUUUAAGGCAUGGAGAGAAGCAUCCUCUUCUACAGAAACUGAGCAUAGAAAUUUUGACCAGCCUGGCAUUGGAAGAGGAUGCAACGGAAAGAAUUGGAGGCACUGGUGGACUGCUUAAAGAACUGUUCAACAUUUUUUUCAAGCACAACAUAGCAGAAAAUCAGAAACAUGUUAAAAUUGUUGCGGGCGAGGCCCUUGCAAUGCUGGCUUUGGAAAGCAAGAACAAUUGCCAUCGAAUUUUGAAGUUGAAAGUAUUAGAAAGGCUCGAAGUAGCGUUGAAAGAUCCAUUGCUUCGUGUCAAUGCAGCUAGAAUUUUAAGGAAUUUAUGCACCUACAGUGGAUCAGAAUGGUUCAACCAGAUAAAGGGUGUAACAACAGCAGCACCCACAAUACUUAAGGCGAUCAUGACAGAAGAAAACAAGAUACAAGAAGUGAUGGUUGGACUAGCAGCAAAUGUUUUCAGAUACAUGACUUCUCAUGAAUCGAGCAUUGUAUUUGAAGAAUCUGGAAUCACCGAGGUUGAACUUGCAAACAAAUUAGUCCAGAUUCUCAAGAAACAUCCGUAUCCCCCAACAAAGGUUCCAAGGAUAAGGAGGUUCGUAAUAGAGUUGGCCAUGUGGAUGAUGAAAGACAAAUCAGAAAACACAGACACCUUCAAGGGUCUGGGAAUGGAAAUGGUGUUGGAGGGUGUCUUGGAGACCACAUCAGAGCUUGAAAGCUUUAAUGUUUUCUCUGGCACAGUUGGACUAAACCGGCACAAUGACACAACUCAGUCACUGGUUGACAUGGCAUUGAAAUUGAUGGAAGAUAGGUAA